UCGAUUUAUGUUUUGUAGUUUGUUUACUACUGCAGGCUCAAGAGUAGUGGAAAGAGGGGUAUUUUGUUUUGGUCCGAACGGGUUGUGUUGUGCGAGUCCCGAGUGGUUACAGUUUUGUUAUUCUAGUAGAUAAUGGCAACAGGCGUUGUGAAUAGAUCAUAUUUAUUGCUGGGACAGUGUGUUCCCUGUGUAAAGCGAAAUGCGUCAAAAUUUAAAGUAAAAAGAAUGGAACUCGAUAAAAAUUUAUUAAUGUAUUUCAGGAAAGAUGAAUACAUAUAUGCACAUGACCCUGGGAAAAAGUGCAAGACGGGAGAUAUAGUUUUGAUACAACAACUACCACAGAAAAUGACAACCCUUAUCACUCAUGAAGUGAAAGAUAUUAUAUAUCCUCUUGGAGAUAUUACAGACCCAAUUACUGGCAAGAAAGUUGUUGCUGAUAAAUACAGGGAUGAUAUCAGCAGAGCAGCUGAACUUUUUGGAAAGAACGAUGAUGCCUUCUGUUACGAAGAUGCUCCAGAACGUGGAUGGCAGGAAGAUAGGAAAGAUUUCACACACAGGAGGAGUUACAUUAAAUACCAUGUAUAUGACAAUGAUAAUCAGCGUUACGCAGUUUAGUGCCAGAUUAUAAUUUCUAGUGUGUCUGCAGGUUGAGACUUCAGAAUUCAUGUACUAUAUGUGGUGAUUGUUGUUGCUGAUUCUGUGUAUUUCAUGUGUUUUCUUCCGUCUUUCACCAGUUUAAAUUUGCAGUAUACAAAUUUUGUCUUCACUAGCAGUUGUUAUUGUUUUAAUGCCAAUACAUUCAUUAUUUUGCCUUGUUUGAAUAUAUGGAGUGCAUAUAUAAUGAGGUGAUCUGUUUUUACAGUGAAAAUUCAGAGAAUUGUAGAUUUUUGCACUGUAAUGUAAUAAAUGUAAAUAAACUCUUUAGUUAUGUAAUACCUAUGUGAAAUAAUUCUAAUGUGAUGUAGUGGUAUUCCAAAACAAGUAAGAUGAAUGUUUUUUGUGGUUUAAUAAAUUAUUUAAUUCAA